CCCAUUUACUCUCUCUCUCUCUCUCUCUACAAGCGAAAAUGCGUGAGAUUCUUCACAUCCAAGGAGGCCAAUGCGGCAACCAGAUCGGAGCUAAGUUCUGGGAAGUUGUGUGUGCCGAGCACGGCAUCGACACGACCGGAAGAUACCACGGAGACUCUGAGCUUCAACUAGAAAGGGUGAAUGUCUACUACAACGAAGCUAGUUGUGGGAGAUUUGUUCCUAGGGCCGUCCUUAUGGAUCUCGAGCCAGGGACCAUGGACAGUGUUAGAUCUGGGCCGUAUGGACAGAUCUUCCGCCCCGAUAACUUUGUUUUCGGCCAGUCUGGGGCUGGGAAUAAUUGGGCGAAGGGGCACUACACAGAAGGAGCUGAGCUGAUCGAUUCGGUGCUUGAUGUCGUUCGGAAAGAAGCAGAGAACUGCGAUUGCUUGCAGGGCUUCCAGGUCUGCCAUUCGUUAGGAGGAGGAACGGGCUCCGGUAUGGGGACACUGCUGAUAUCAAAGAUCAGGGAAGAAUACCCUGAUAGGAUGAUGCUCACCUUCUCGGUUUUCCCAUCUCCUAAGGUGUCUGAUACCGUUGUGGAGCCUUACAAUGCGACCUUGUCCGUCCAUCAGCUGGUCGAGAAUGCAGAUGAAUGCAUGGUCCUCGACAACGAAGCUCUCUACGACAUCUGCUUCAGAACUCUCAAGCUCACUACCCCCAGCUUUGGAGAUUUGAACCAUCUGAUUUCUGCGACGAUGUCCGGUGUAACCUGCUGUCUUAGAUUCCCUGGUCAGCUGAAUUCUGACCUCCGAAAGCUCGCCGUCAAUCUCAUCCCCUUCCCUCGCCUGCAUUUCUUCAUGGUGGGCUUUGCCCCCCUCACGUCCCGAGGGUCCCAGCAAUACCGGGCCCUGACUGUCCCUGAGCUCACUCAACAGAUGUGGGAUGCCAAGAACAUGAUGUGUGCUGCAGAUCCACGCCACGGCCGGUACCUGACCGCAUCCGCCAUGUUCCGCGGCAAGAUGAGCACAAAGGAAGUGGAUGAGCAAAUGAUCAAUGUGCAGAACAAGAACUCAUCCUACUUUGUUGAGUGGAUACCCAAUAAUGUGAAAUCGACUGUCUGCGACAUCCCGCCAACGGGCCUCAAGAUGGCGUCGACAUUCAUUGGGAACUCCACUUCGAUCCAGGAGAUGUUCCGGCGGGUGAGUGAGCAGUUCACAGCCAUGUUCAGGAGGAAGGCCUUCUUGCAUUGGUACACAGGCGAGGGGAUGGAUGAGAUGGAGUUUACGGAGGCAGAGAGUAACAUGAAUGAUCUGGUUUCUGAGUAUCAGCAAUACCAAGAUGCGACGGCGGACGAGGAGGAAGAUUAUGAGGAGGAAGAGGAGGAGCUUCAGGAGAUGUGAGAAAUGAUGGCCACUGCUGUUAAAACGCUGCAACUUCCAGUUGCCAUUGUUUCGUUGGUAGUUUCAAUGGAGAACACAGAAUUUCAAUGUUGUUGUUUUCUUCAUUUUUAGGAUUCGUUUCUUAAUAUAUCAGAUGGCUGAAUUUUAAUUCGUUUUUUUA